AUGAUGGGCGACUCUGAGGCCGCAGCCGCCGUCGCGGCCGGUCGCGUACCACCAGAAAUCAGUCUUGCAUACUUGGAAGAGGACAGAGACACACCGUCUAUGAACGCGUCAAUCUUCAUGUUUGCACUCACACUGGUGAUCGUGAACGGCCGAGCAAUCUCACGAUUAUACCUUCGUAAAGUCUUUGGGAUAGACGACAUUCUUGCUGUGAUAUCGAUGCCUUCGUCCCUCUAUGUAUAA